CUCCGCGACGGCCGGUCCGCGCGCCAGGCCCUCGUCGCGACGAACAUGCGCCUCGUCGUGUCCGUGGCGAAGCGGUACACGGGCCUGGGCCUCGGCCUCAGCGACCUCGUCCAGGAGGGCUCGCUGGGCCUCAUGCGCGCGGCGACGAAGUUCGACCCCGCGCGGGGCUGCAAGUUCUCGACCUACGCCUGCUGGUGGAUCCAGCAGGCCAUCCUGCGGGCCGUCGCGUUCCAGAGCCGGCUCAUCCGGCUGCCGAUGCACGUGCACCAGGACCUCGCCAAGCUCAAGCGCGGCACGCGCGACUUCACGGCGGCGCACGGCCGCGAGCCGUCGGACGGCGAGCUCGCGGAGCUGCUGGAGAUGACGCCCGCGAAGCUCCGCAAGGUCCGCGCGGCCGCGCGCCAGGGCGACACGCUCAAGCUCGAGGACACGUUGGCGUCCAAGGAGCCGACGGGCGAGACCGCCGUCGAGCUCGCGCUCCUCCACGAGGACCUCCACGCGGCCAUGGACGACCUCGACGCCGACGAGAAGCGCGUCAUCUCCCUCCGCUACGGCCUCGAGGACGGCGUGCCCUGCACGCCCGCGCAGGUCGCCGCGUCCUGCGCCGAGUCGAAGGAGUGGGUCCGCCGCUGCGAGAUGCGCGCCAUCCGCAAGCUCCGCAAGCCCCACCACCUCAUGACCCUCGGCCACUACAACGAG